UCACAUACUCAGGAAAUUAAGAAGUGCUACGUACUUCGCAAUCACACAUUUCUUUAAUUUUUUCCAUUUGAAGUGUAUCGUACGUACCCUUUAGCAAUGGCAGUUGAACAAGUCCUUCACAUGAAUGGAGGUGAGGGAGAUACAAGCUAUGCAAAUAACUCCACAUUUCAGAGAAUGGUGAUGCUGACGGCAAAACAUAUACUUGAAGAGAGUAUAAUGAGGCUGUAUUGUGACACUUUUCCAAAUUGUUUGAAAGUGGCUGACUUAGGUUGUUCAUCAGGUCCAAAUGCACUUUUGGUAGCAUCAAAUAUCAUAAACACUAUUGAUGCUGUGAGUCAAAAAUUGAGUCAUGAGUCACCCAUGUUUCAGUUUUUCCUCAAUGACCUAUUUGGAAAUGACUUCAAUACCACUUUUAAGUUACUACCUGAUUUUAUAAAAAGACUACAAGAAGAGAAAGGACAAAAGUUUAGUCCAUGUUUCUUUAGUGGAACACCUGGGUCUUUUUAUGGGAGACUCUUCCCCGACAAUUCCAUUCACUUUUUUCAUUCCUCCUAUAGUCUACACUGGCUUUCCAAGACUCCAGAUGCAUUGCAAGAUGCUGCUAUAGAACCAUUGAACAAAGGGAAUAUUUACCUAACAAGAGCAAGCCCUCCAGCAGUGCAAAAAACAUACUUUGAACAAUUUCAACAAGAUUUCUCAUUAUUUUUAAGAUCACGUUCGUCUGAACUGCUUCCUAGUGGUGCCAUGGUCCUAACACUUAUUGGCAGAGAUGAGCAAAAUGAACUUAUGAAUGCAUGGGUUGUCAUUGGCAUGGCACUCAAUGACAUGGCCGCAGUGAAGUUGGUGGAGCAAUCAAAAUUGGACUCAUUUAACAUACCAUCCUAUUGCCCUACGUCUGAUGAGAUUAGAAAAGUGAUUGAAGAAGAAGGGUCUUUUGAUGUUCAAAGGUUAGAGACAAUUAGAACGGAUUGGGUGAAAAACGUCGAUGUGAUCGAUGAUGAGUACACUGUUGUUGAUGAAGAAACAAGGGCUGAGGGUGUAGCAAAGUUUAUAAGAGCUGUUGCAGAACCAAUUUUGAAGUCAGAGUUUGGAGAAGAAAUAAUGGAUGAAUUAUUCAUUAGGUUCAAAAAUAAGAUUAUUAAACUUUAUGGAGUUGAGAAAUUGGAGGUUGCAAAUUUAGUCAUGCACAUCACUAAACGUACUUGAAGCAUUCAUCAUCAAAGAGUUGACUUCUAUGAACAAUUUUCUAUUUUAAAUGUCGUUAUUAUUAUAUUCAUGAAAUUUGAUGUAAGUGUUUUUAAUUUGUUAUUUCGAAAUUUUAAGUUUGGAGUGAACUGUUUUAUGUUUUA